UGCAAAUGGGGACGUACCAUACAUGAUGCGAGGACCCAGGCCAGUAUCUCUCAUAUACCUACCUACCUACUCCUGAUCACAUCCCACCCCCGUCCCAUUCCGUUCCGUCCCAGAUGGUGAACUUGCCUGGCCCCCCGAAACACCGAGCCAGACUGUGUGGUGCAUAAACCCUCCAGCCAUGCUCGCGUCAGUGGCGGUGGCCUCAGUGGCUGCUGCAGCCGUCGCCGUCGUUGGCGCCCAAGCAACCGACAAUGGAACAGCGAGAAUCUUUCUGGCCGAGCGAGAUACGACUCCGUGCUUCGUCUCGACCACCCCAGUCACGGCCUGCGGCGCCGGCGACCUCACCAAAGCCAACUGGGACGCGUUUGGCAUCGACAACUUCCUGGCCGGGACCAUCAACCAGUUCGGCACGGCGGACAACUUCCCCAAGUUCUUCGUGUCGCAGAACACGCCGACGCAGAACCCGUUUGACGACUUCGACUGCUCGACGUUUGGGAGCACCACGUGCACGGUGCCGACGCUGAACAACCCGGACGCGGCGACCGACUGCGUCUUCGACGGGCUGCAGGGGAGCUUCUGCGCCAACUUCGUGGGGCCCGAGGCCGGGUUCGUGGUGCAGAACUACGUCAACCUGUGGCAGGGGCUGCAGAACCACCACGACGCCAUCCAGGACGCGGCGACGGCCAUCACCAAUGCCAACUUCAUCAACACCAUGGUCGGCGCGCUGGCGCCCAAAAAGCAGCCCAUCGGCCCGGCCAUCUUCUCGCUGAUCGCCGACCUGGUGACGGACAUCCUGCCGAUCGGGGGCGAGAUCAAGGCGGCGACGACCUUCAUGAAGAAGAUCCGGCUGGUCAUCAAGGCCACCAAGUCGGACCUGGAGGACGACUCCGAGGACAUUGCCAGCAUCGCGCAGGACAACGCGGCCAUCGACCAGGAGGUGACGGCCACCGAGGCCCAGCUGACCCAGCAGCUGGCCAACGUCGUCACGGGCACGCAGACCCGGCUGCAGAACAUCCUGGCCCAGGUCUUCGGCGCCAACCAGGACCCACAGCUGAUUGCGGACGCGUCGGCCGUCGAGAGCACUUUCGCCUUCCUCAACGCGUACCACGGCGUGUUCCUGGACGACGUGCCGCAGCGCGCCGACCUGGCGGCGCAGAUGCAGACGCAGCUGCAGAACUGGAUCGUCAGCGCCGUGCUCAGCACCAUGGGCUACGACGUGACCGUCGACACGGCGGCGCUCGAGGACCCGCCGGGCCAGCCGGGCGUCGUGUGCCGGGCCGAGAACGGCUUCACGGUCGCGGGAGGCUGCGCCCUGUUCCGCAUCAACGGCAUCGACCACAGCAACGGCGACGUCAUCGACAGCGCCCAGCAGGGCAACGACAUCUUCGCCCUGCAGGACACCGCCGGCAUGGACAUCAACGCCAUGGUCGCCAACGCCCAGGCCUGCAACGGCGGCGGCGGCGGCGGGACCGUCGAUUUCGACUCCUUCCUCGCCAUGGACAACACCGAUGCCCUGCCCAGCUGCAUGUUCAACUUCCGAGUCGUCGUGACAAAGCUUUGAAACAGGGCGUGAUGGCUUGUUUUGUUCGUGUUUGUUUUCUUCACAGACGACCAUUCGGUCGUGCAUGCAUCAAGGAGUAGAGUGUUUGGGUCGAGGAAAGCUGUGGCGUUUGUUGGUGGGUGGUUCUGGCGCUGGGAGAGAGUGUGAGCGAGGGAGGGUCCAGCCUUGUCAGCCUCAGCCUCGUCAGGUGGUUUUAUAUCUCUUUAUGACGCGCAAGACUGCAUAUGAGCGGCGAUGGUGCCGACAAUAGAUAUAAGACUUG